GGCCAAAUCAAGCAUUCGGGUUUUCCAGUGUUUCACCCCCUUCGCUUCUUUUCCAUCUAUGCAACGAAGCCUCGUACAUCACUUUAGCAAAAUCCAGUCACAUUCCCAUCAUGGUUUCCUUUUUCGACGCAUCCCGCCACUACUCAAAGCAUGGCGACUUGGGGUCUGUCGAAGCCAUGUUGCAGAUCUGGAGGAACGAGGCCGAGUUGGAUCUCGACGCCGACAUGGGUAUCUCCAAUCUGCAGGGCGCAAUGACGGAUGUCCUUUGCCAGGCCGUUCGCCAUGGACAUGAAGCCGCCGUGCGGAUGAUGCUUGACGCCGGUGUCGACCCGACUCUUCACCAAGCCUGCGAUCCAGGCUACUCCCCUCUCCAAGUUGCCGCCGAGUAUGGCCAGCGUGACAUUGCUCGCCUCCUCUGGAACGUGGUUGGUCCCCAAGGCCGCUUCCACCACCCUAGCCGAAGACAACCGUCCGACGCCAUGCCGAGCUGCCUCGUCGUCGCUGCUUACAACGGACACGCAGAUCUGGUCGCCGACUUCCUCGACCUCUACGACGGCUGGUCCACUCUUGAGAAGCAUCAGGCCCUCUAUCGAGCGGCUGCCGUGUGGCACGACGACGUGGUCGUCUUGUUGCUAGUCAAGUUUCACUACCAAGCUGAUAUCAUCCAGUGUGCCCUGGAGAGCGCACUCGCCAUCAGCAACCGCGACUACAUGGAUGGGAUACCCGUGCAAAGGCGUGAUGGAGUACCGCUAGCCGAGGACGGCCAGAUCCGCCUUGUCCGUCGACUGCUCGAUGCCGGCGCAGACCCUAAUCGGACCUGCAAUGACUGGCGAGGCUUGCCCAUUCACGAAUCCUUCAGGCGGCUCGAACUUUUAAGGUUAUUACUUGAAAGGGGGGCAGACCCCAACGCAAAGGACGGCUAUGGCCAAACCGUCCUUCACAAGGUCGCCGCAAACUUCAACAGAAAUAUCGUAGGUGGACGAAAUCGGGCAUCCAUUAGCAAAGAGGACAGCUUAGAGGUCCUCCAGAUUCUUUUCCGUCAUGGUGCAUCCCCUGAGGCCCCUGACAAUGAAGGAGUCACGCCUCUUCACCUGCUUGCGGGCACCGGUACACCCGACGCAUUCCGUUUAUACCUCCAACACUGCGCCAAUGCCUCCAGCGCCAUGCGCCUGCUUAAUAAGUUCGAGGAGUCACUGUUACACUAUGCUGCCGCCGCCGGAAACCGAGACACCGUUGAGUAUCUGCUCGGCCAAGGUCUGGAUGCCGACCAAGCCAACGCCAACAAGUGGACGCCCUUGCUCUGCGUCCUGACGCCAGCCAAAGACUACUUCAAAGGCCAGGCCGCUGCCCGGAUUGCGGUGGCCCGCCUCUUGCUCGAGCGUGGUGCCAGCGCCCAGGUGGUGACGGACGAAGGGUGGACUCCGUUGCAUGCUCUCGCCACCGUCCGGACCGUUGACGCUACUGCAGAAGAGAGGAUAGGGGUAGGAGCAUUCGCAGAGGAGCUGAUUGAAAGAGGCACGCCCGUCGAUGCCGAAGCGACUGUGCUUCGGUACUGCUCGCCGAUCUUUACAUCGUUUCUGUACGGUACCUGGGGUCAUCGGAUGGCUGAGGUUAUUCCCCAGCUGGCCAGCCGUGCCGAGGAUCGUCGUCUGCAGGCGUACGAUGACUAUGAACUGACGCCGUUGCAUUGGGCUACCCGUACUGGCGCGACUGACAUUUUUGAUGUGCUCAUGAGGCACUUCGCGUCGAAAGAACAAACCCAGCCCGAGUCCGAUGAAGGUGGCGUACACAGGUAGGUGUCGUAACCACCGAGGGACAUACAGCUCGGCAAGGAGUAUCUUGAGAGGUAGGUCUAGGUAUGUGUACACAGUGAGACGGUAGGUAGCUAGGCUAGGUAUGUCUGCUUAAUAGCUCGUACUGUGAGCUUGCUUUGCCCUUGAGCACGUUGUGUUGGUAAUCUCUUAAGGGCGGCCUCCCUUGUUUGUCUCCCCCUGAAGCUUGAGCCGCUUUCUUGGCAAGUGCCAGCCAUGUCGUCACCAACUGACUUCUUCCUUAGACUGCGUACUUUUUAGGUGCAGUUGGCUGCAAUCCAUUCAAAGGGCAACCGCCCGUGCCUAUUCCC